UGCUAUGCAAGUUUUUUAAGGUGAGCGAGAAUAUAUUAAAUCUAUGAUUUAAAAACUGGGAACAGCAAGUUCUCAAUGAAACCAGCCAAGUGUGUGUGUGUGUGUGUGUGUGAGUGAGUGAGUGUGAAAGAGAGAGAGAGAACUAAAGAGAGGUGGAGGCCAACCAGGGAUUCUAGAUAAACCAGGCAACACCCAUAGCGACUCCCACAGCAGGAUUUGCUCAGAAGAGAGCACCGAAUGAGUCGCUCGUUGCAAUGCUAGCACCAGAACUAGCCGGUUUCGCGCACGUGCACGCCCGGGUCGGUCGGCGCGCCGCUCGCUUGGCGCGUUCCUGAGCGAUGGUGGUAGCGUGGCGGGGCUGCGCGAGCGCGCGCGGGGAAGCGGCUGCCCUGUAGCCGCCUGUCUGAAGCGGCGCUAACGUGGGGGCUCGCGCGCCUGGAUGUAGCUGAUCGGAGUCGGGUGCUCAUCGCUCGCGCAGCCGGCAGGGGGACGAGGAGGAGGGCGGUUUUUGGAGGAGGGUGUUUUCUCUCUGUGUGCGUGCGUGCGCGCGCGCGUGUGUGUUUGUGUGUGUGUGUACGUACGCGACUCUCCAGCGGCCAUGUUAACCAAGAAACCCUGCGCUGCCGUAUACCCGACUGGUAAAGGGGGUGAGCUGUGCACAGGGGCUGUCCGGGCUGGAGCAGGGAGCGAGUCGCCAUCACCCGUCACACUGCCGCCUCUCAGGAACGGCAACUCGCUCACGGUUGGAGGCAAUAAGAACACGAUGAAUGACCAUCUGCAUGUCGGAAACCACCCGCAGAUCCACGUUCAGCAGCUGUUUGAGGAAAACAGCAAUAAACGGACAGUGUUGACUACACAGCCAAAUGGGUUGACGCCUAUAGGCCGAACAGGCUUGCCCGUGCCGGAGAGACAACAAGAAAGCAGCCAGUGUCGGGAGGGCAGUUCCGCCUCCACCAAAUCUGCUGAAAGCAAGCCUAAGAUAGCUCCUAUUUCUCCUGAGCAGGCCAUGAAGCAGUACAUGUCCAAACUGACAGCAUUUGAAAACCAGGAGAUUUUCAACUACCCUGAAAUAUACUUUGUAGGACCAAAUGCUAAGAAACGGCCAGGUGUGGUUGGGGGCUCAAAUAAUGGUGGUUAUGACGAUGAUCAGGGCUCUUACAUCCAUGUACCUCACGACCACAUAGCCUACAGGUACGAGGUGUUGAAAGUCAUUGGUAAGGGCAGUUUUGGACAAGUAGUGAAGGCCUAUGACCACAAGGCCCACCAGCACGUGGCCUUGAAAAUGGUGCGCAACGAGAAGCGCUUUCACCGCCAAGCAGCCGAGGAGAUUCGGAUUCUUGAGCACUUGCGCAAACAGGACAAAGACUCUACUAUGAAUGUCAUCCAUAUGCUGGAGCACUUCACAUUCCGCAACCACAUUUGCAUGACGUUCGAGUUACUUAGCAUGAACCUGUAUGAGCUCAUAAAGAAAAACAAGUUUCAGGGCUUCAGUUUGCCACUGGUGCGCAAGUUUGCGCACUCUAUCCUGCAGUGUCUGGACUCCCUGCACAAAAACAGGAUCAUUCAUUGUGACCUCAAACCAGAGAACAUCCUCUUGAAGCAGCAGGGACGCAGUGGGAUAAAAGUGAUCGACUUCGGUUCCAGCUGUUUCGAACACCAGCGGGUCUAUACUUACAUCCAAUCACGCUUUUACAGAGCACCAGAGGUCAUUUUGGGCUCACGCUAUGGAAUGCCAAUUGAUAUGUGGAGCUUGGGUUGUAUAUUAGCGGAAUUACUGACUGGGUACCCUCUCUUGCCUGGGGAAGAUGAAGGGGACCAACUAGCAUGUGUCAUAGAGCUACUGGGAAUGCCCUCCCAGAAGCUGCUGGAUUCGUCUAAGAGAGCCAAAAAUUUUGUCAGCUCAAAGGGAUAUCCUCGUUACUGCACAGUCACGACUUUACCUGAUGGCACGGUAGCAUUAAAUGGUGGACGGUCACGUAGGGGCAAGCUUCGCGGUCCCCCUGGAAGCAAGGAUUGGGUAACAGCGCUUAAGGGCUGUGAUGACCCUCUUUUUCUGGACUUCCUCAAGCAGUGUCUGGAGUGGGAUCCGGCUUUGCGUAUGACUCCAAGUCAGGCCCUCCGCCAUCCGUGGCUGAGAAGACGCUUGCCAAAACCUCCCACUGGGGAGAAAACUACCGUAAAGCGAAUCACCGAGGGCACAGGUGCUAUAACCUCUAUCUCCAAAUUACCUCCCACAUCCAGUUCAGCCUCAAAAUUAAGGACUAACCUUGCACAAAUGACUGAUGCUAAUGGGAAUAUACAGCAGAGGACAGUGUUGCCAAAAUUAGUCAGUUGAAAUACUUAUUUUCAUGUUGGGUUCUUUUGUUUUGUUGCUAUCAAUGUUGCUAUUUAAAAACGUGGAAAGAUGAGCAUCCACGGGUGUGAAAGGUUUUAGGAAUAUAGUCUUGAAUUCAUCAAUUAUUUACAUCUUUGUAGCACCUUUUUUGUUCAAAACACUAUUUUUUUGUUUGUUUGUUUUUUAGAAAUUCUAAAAUGGCCAAGAAAGAGGGAACAGUGCUUUUGAGUUUUUAUCUCAGGACUGUGUGGGAUGCUGCAGGGCACAUUCAUGCAAUCUGGCCUAUUACUAAUGAAGUCCUCAUUAGUUUCCUCAAUUAUGUCUAAUAGUAUAGAGUGAAGACUCGCGACAAUGAAUUAAACUCGGAUUUUAAUGUGUGCACUCGCUAGCGUUUCGCUCCCUACCUCUUUAAUCUGUUAGAACAACAGUGCAUUGAUGAAGGAGAAUUUGCCAUGUGUUUUUAAAAAGCUGUGCUGUCUGCAGUUGUGUAGCGUUUAAGGCUCUUUGUAUUUGUGGUAGGUAUUGUGAAUGAGAAGACAGGAUAAAAGAGAGAAGACAUUUGAAGGGCACAAUGAAUGCAAAGCGAAGGUUUUAGAACGUUUGGUGUAGAAGGGAGAAAUAAAUAAAAAAAACAACAACAAUGUUUACAUGACAGAUUUGGUAUGUGCCUAAAAUCUCUUGACAUUCCUUAUAAAAUUCACUCAAGGAAAAGAGAGACUUCAGGGUAGUGUAACUUUAUAAAUAGACUUCUGGCAAGUUCAAAGGAAUUUAUUUAGUUCGACUGAGUGGAAUCUGUUCUCAGCAGUACUCGACAUGCUCAUGUAUUGAACUGUAAGCUAUUCUCCGGACAAAGCUGCUGGGAACAAAACGGUGUGCUGGAUGGUAACUUUGGUGCUUUACCUUUUUAUAUGAAAGGUAAUAUAUAUUUUUUUAUAUUAUAUUUUAAACCUCUGCUCAAGGAACAAAAUGUUUUGAAGCUCAUCAUAGUCAUCAAAUAGGAAGCUUUUUAAACAACUAAUUCUCCCCUGUAAGCACUGCUGCUUUUGAAGUGAUUUAGAAUGGAUUGUGCUAAUCAUUUAUCGACAGGACUACUUGAAUCUAAGCCAGUAUUAACACUAUCAUUGAAAAAAAAACACGGCAGAGAGGGGGCACUUUAAACAUCUCUCAUCUCAUCCGGCUGUCAUUUGUAAUCAGAGAUCACCUUCUGCAACUCUUAUCACAUUUUCUAUUUUUAGUUUUCAGUGUGGACUCACUAGUAUGCGGCCAGAGUUGAAACUCCGAAAGCUUGUUCCCUUCUUUGAAUGAAAUUGCAUGUUUUUACCCAAACACAGAAAAAUGAGUGGAAAAUAAUUUCACAAACUGGCCAUUUUUUGUAGCAGUUUUGAUGUGGUAAAAAAAAAAAAGAGAAAAUAACAGACAAGUGUCUGGAAGCUUUGUAAAUGUUUUAUUUAUUUAUUUCUUAUUAUUGGUUGAUUUUAAUUAUUUCUUAAAGAAGAGCUAAUAUAAAAAGAAACAGUGGCCAGAAUGUGUGGGUUUUUUUUUUGGCCUGAUUUUUGUGGACUGACUUACAAUGUAAUGCACAAGAAUUCUGUCUGAAAUUACUUUGAGACUCGCAGGAAAGCGCUCUUGACCAGAUGCGAAUGUUGCGAUGGGAAAAAGGGGUCGGACCAAGGGCCGCUAAGUGGCAAAGCAAAGCUGUGGCAUUUAUGUGGGUUUUAAUGCCCCUGCUACUGGUUGGCAUGGUACCCAGCCUGCUGCACACUGCCCAGUCCCCUCUGGACGCCUACAGUACAUUUGCAAAUGCACAAUAAUCUGCCAAAAUCAGCAGGCAGUUCACAUUGUACUUUAUAUCUUUUUUUUUUCUCGGCUGUUUUAUGAAUUCACAGUGGUGGGGAAUAAUUGUGCCCUUAGGUUUAAUACAAUGUGCCUUUGAUUAUCAAUGCCAUUCAUUUCUGUCCAACAGUGAUGCCCUCAUCCUACUCAUUUGUUGUUAGGUACACCGAAAUAUAGGCAAUUACAGAGAUCCUCUCUUUGAUGGUGAUCGCCUUGCACUUGCCUGAGCAUUGCCCAAAGAACCUCCUACAACCCAUAUAGUGGGUUCUGGGUGGAAAGUGACUGCACGAACGUUCUAUAUGCAGUUUGGACACAUGAUCCGAGUUAAGAACUUGAAAACUAAUUGCUAACAGGGAUAUCUCACCAAGUCAAACCUAUACCCAUUACUUCUAGUGCAAAAGGGUCUUUUUUUUAUGGCAUCCAUUUUGUCUUAAAAAACUCAAGGGGAUACAUUUGCAUCAUUGUAUUACUCUAUAAAUGACACAUCUUACUCUUUUACCUCAGACUGUUGUAAUAUUCUUGUAAUUUAUUAGCCCAGGGCAUUUGGUAUAAACCAAAGUGCAUUCCUUUCUAUUUUUUUUCUGUCUGUGGCUAGGAUGAGGAAAAAAAAGCCAGAUUUUCCCUUAUCAGCUGAGGAAGAAGAGGCACUCGAACUCAUUUUGCUUGUCAAGGGCAAUAUCUAGAAAAAUACAUCUCUACAGUCAAGAAGGAGAGGUAGAAAAUGAAAGCUGAGGUUACAUUGCCUUCAACCAGAAAAACAAAACAAAAAAACACACCAUGCCUCCCAACAUUUGUUGAGGCUGGAUGUGUCUUUAAUGCACCGAAUAUUGCUGCACCCAAAAACUUGCAGUGGCAAUAUUCAGCCCUGGCUGCAAUAUGGAGAUUAUUUCAUCGGGGCAAUUGAAAGCAAAUGGCCGUUACAUUUGAAAGGAUGUACCUUUUUACUACUUUUUAUCGAAACGUUCUCCCAGGAAGUUAGCUAUCAACUCUUUUUCUUUUUUUAAAAAAGCAAAAAAACUAAACAAAAUCUUCAAAUAAGGAACAAAGUUGACAUUUAUUUGUAUCCAACCAUAGAAACGAACUGUACAUAUAUGAUCUUUACUAAGAAUUCAAUGUGGAUGUGUACAUAUGUAAAAUGUUUUUUUUGUCAAAUGCUGCUGAUAACACUACAUGAGUUAGGUAGUGGAUUUUAAUCCUGGCGGCCAGUUUUAUGAUACUGUAUGUAUUGUACAGCUGAUAAAAGUCCUUUUUUCUAGUGAUCAUUCGUUAAAUUUUAUUGUUGUGGCCAGAAAUAAUUAAUAAUAAAAGUUUUAAUGGUGA